UUGUCAUGUAAGUGAAGCUUUCGGUAUGAAGACUUUGUGUAACUUGUGUGAGAUAGUUAUCUGCCGGUUAGAUGGACAAUUUAACGUGAGGCAGAAGGAAGACUGCAUCGCCGUUUAUUUCACGCGCUUCGUGCAUCCAGUGGCUGCGUGAUGGACUUUGCUAAUUAGUUAGCGGCUUGCCAACUGUAGCUGAGAAGUCCACACGAGCAGAGGGAAGACCACGAGAGCCGUGUCUGCAACGAAGCCCUGCAGCAGUGUCAAAGGGGCGACUAAAUGCAACUGACUGGACUUUGCUGAAUCUGCAUAACACCGCCCAACCUGCGUCAUCGACGAGUGAGUAAGGUACCGGUAUUUUAUUUUCAAUGCCCUCGUGGUGAAGAAGCCAUUUGUUUGUUUAUACGGCUACACCGCACUCAAGCUGCUAUCAGGCCUGCGACGAGAGAAUUGGGGUGGGGACCUUUUGUUUCUGUGAGACUUUGGGUUGAACUGUAUUGAACAUUAUUAGUACUGCCGGCUUUAAGGUAAUCUUUUUAUUUUGGGCCCAUUAGAAGAAUAUUGGUCUGUGCAUUUUUUUGUUUGAAACCCUGAGGUGGGUAAUUGUGUUGAUAUUUACAUUUUUACUAUUCUUGCAUUAUUCUUAAUCUUUUCAAAGUGACUUUAUUGCAUUCUAUAUUCAGUAAAUAGUUUGUGUUUUCAUUUAAACUCUGGUGAAUGUGUCAUUCAGUGUCAUAUCUGUCUGGGGUUUAUUCCAUAGGUGUUAUUGCACAUAAGGUAAACCUGCAGUAUAUUAACUGUAACCCUUGUAUUACAGGGAGUAAUAUAUUUUUCAGAGGUAAACACACAAUUAUCAGGUUACUUAACAAGUUACCUUUUCAGAGGGGAAACACACACAUUAUAAUAACAGUAUAAGGACUCAGGUUAGCUUCUCUCAUAAUAGUCAUAAAUACUAGAGAGGCGCUACAUAAAUUGGAGGCACCGCCGUGACGAUAGUGUAGGUUUCUUAUAUUUUAUUGAGCGUUUGCAAUUAAAAUAGCAUCAUGGAUAGCCAAGCAGAACUAAUAUCAGAACUGAAGGGCUGGUGCCGUGGCGAAGAGUUGGACGAGGCUCAUGCGGUCAUGGUGCUUAUUCCCCAUGAAGUCAACAUCACUGCAGUCGAAGAGACAAUGCAAACAGUGAAAUGUUUAGGACGCGUGCGCGUCCGAGGCCGGAUAUUCAGCAUGCGGCACAACAGAUUCCUCGUCUUGUGUGAAUGUAAAGAAGUUGUAAGGAAAGAGACAGUCCCUUCGGAAGUGCUUGCUGUGGAUGAUGGAGGGGCGUGGCCAGUCAUUACAGCAUUUCAAGCCCCAGUACCCAUUGCAACAGGUGAAAGCCAAGUAGUCACUACACCAGACAAGAAUCCACAAGAAUUUACUCAGAAGCAAUCAGAUACUCAGAAUCAGUCCGAUGCCCAAGAGUUUAGUCAGAAGUUGAAGGGGCUGUUGCAAGCAGAGGGCAAGACUAUGGAAGAUGUUCACACAUUGUUUUCACCAGGAGAGUCAGCCGCUAGCCCAACAGUUGCCAUCCUCCAAGCAGUGAGUGAUUUAGUUAGCACCAGUAAGCCAUCCAAUGACAACAGUUACCGCCGCCUGCGCCCUCUAUCUGGGUUGUUGCCCACCCCAUCAGGAGAAGAGCCAUUCGACCACUGGAUGGAGCAAGCACGGCUCAUGGUGCAAGAGUGUGAUUGUUCUGUCAAAGAGAAGAGGCGAAGGCUGAUGGAAAGCCUGAGGGGUCCGGCUCUGGAAAUUGUCAAAGCAGCCCGAGCUGCGGAUCCUGACAUUAGCCCAGAAGACUGCUUAGAGGCGCUUGAGCAUGCUUUUGGUACAGCUGAAUCAGGGGAAGAUUUAUAUUUUGCUUUUCGUUUGUUGCAGCAACAGGCUGGUGAGAAGCUCUCCGACUUCCUUCGGCGAUUAGAACAGUCGCUGAAUAAGGUGGUGCAGAGAGGCGGCCUCCCUCAGGAGCGUGCAGACAGAGCACGUUUGGAGCAAUUGUUGCGAGGUGCUGUUUGCUCUGAUUUGACAUUGCUUAAUCUCCAUCUGCGAGAAAAGAAAGCGAAGCCGCCCACUUUUCUUCAGUUGUUGAAGGAGAUUCGUGAAGAAGAGGAGUAUGAUGCCUCAAGGAAAAAACUUGGUACUGUUGUGCAAAGUGCAUUUGUUAAACAAGAAAGUGAAACAAAGCAGACUGAAAUUCAGGCCCUGAAAUCUGAAAUAAAAGAGCUCAAGUCCCUAGUUGCUGCUGUAGUGUCAAAACCAACUCAAGCCAUGCCAGACAGCACUGAAAGAACUCUAGUUAGUGCAGUGUCAGGUGAAAGUUGUCAUGACAGUGAGAUCACGGCUUUAAAGAAACAACUAAAGCGUCUGCAACAAAAAGUCACUAACAAAGUGCCUGAGACACAGACUGCUGCUGCAGCUGUAGAUGCUUCUGCUGUUGCCACCUCUCGACAGGGAUCAUUUAAGAGCUCAGAUGAGAAUUUCUGUUACCGAUGUGGGGAGAAUGGUCAUUUUGCGGCAAAAUGCCAAAAUCCAGAGAACCAAUCCAAAGUCAUUAAAAGGCUAAUUCAAGCUCUGAAAGUGUCAAAGAACAAUCCACCCACGUGUGAGGCCACAACUAAUGCUGUUAACUGCGAUAUCAAGAAGAGUUCUGCCAGUGUUUUGCAAACUGCUUGUAUUCCUGAUGGACUGGUUGGCCCACCCAGUGUAGUGCCCUUGAAGAUAAAUGGAAAUCCCUGCACAGCUUUGCUCGACAGCGGCUCCCAGGUGACGAUCAUUUUCGAGCCCUGGUACAAGAAAUACCUGCCUAAUGUCCCCAUUCAACCUGUGUCCGGCCUGUCCCUGUGGGGUUUGAGUGAAACUGGUGUCAGCUAUCCCUAUCAGGGUUACGUGGUGGUUGAUUUGGAGUAUCCAGCUGAGGUGUUGGGAACCAGUCAGACCGUAACUGUGCUCGCCCUUAUAUGCCCUAGCCCUCGGGCUGAUGACCCAAUAGCUGUCAUUGUUGGCACCAAUGCUAGCCAUGUCCGACGCCUAGUGGAACAAUGCAAAGACAAAGGUGUUGAUGUUGAGCGGGCCCUGGGUCUUCGUGUCCAUGUCCAGAACAAUGAGUAUGUUCGCAAGGAUUUUGCACUCUCUACCCAGAUGGAGGAUGAGGUGGGAUGCGUCCGAUGGCUAGGUCCAGGCCCUUUGAAUGUCCCACCUGAUUGUGACACACAUGUAGUGUGCAAAGUUGAACUAAAACAGCCUGUGAAACACGAAAUACUGAUGAUUGAUGCGUCCCCAACAGCUAUCCUACCUACUGGUGUAUUCCUCCAUCCGAUGGUUGUACCCAGUGGAGCUUUGGAUGUCAGCUGCUGUAGAGUGUUGGUCAAGAACGAGGGCACAAGAGAGACAACCAUACCCGAGGGCACCGUGAUCGGUUAUAUGUACCACGUUGAUUCAGUCACUACAAUUCCACCUAAGGGGCAACGUUCCAGUGAGUUUGAUGAAAAGCUGAUUAACUUUGGAGAGUCCCCGAUCUCAGAGCAAUGGAAAAGCAGAUUAAGACAGAAACUAGGGGAAAAGUCUCAUGUGUUCUCCAUGCAUGAGUGGGAUGUGGGAUUAGCCAAAGGUGUACAGCACCGAAUCCGGCUCUCUGAUUCAAGACCCUUCCGUGAGCGGUCUCGUCGACUCGCUCCGGCAGACAUCGAAGAUGUCAGAAAACACUUGCAAGAACUCCUACAGGCUGGUAUCAUAACCGAGUCACGAAGCCCCUAUGCAUCACCAAUAGUGGUUGUCAGGAAAAAGAACGGCACCAUCAGGAUGUGCAUCGAUUACCGACUGUUAAAUAGCCGCACCAUACCUGACCAAUACACGACCCCGUGCAUUGAGGAUGCACUGAAUGCUUUAACGGGGAGCCAAUGGUUUUCUGUUCUUGACUUGCGCUCAGGCUACUACCAGAUAGCUAUGUCUGAGGACGACAAAGAGAAAACGGCUUUCAUUUGUCCGUUGGGCUUUUUCCAAUUUGAACGAAUGCCACAGGGCAUCACAGGGGCUCCAGCUACCUUUCAGAGGUUGAUGGAGAAGGCGGUUGGAGAUAUGAACCUCUUACAAGUACUAGUGUACCUGGAUGAUCUAAUUGUCUUCGGGAAAACUCUUGAGGAACACGAGGAGAGAUUGCUCAAAGUCCUAGAUCGUCUGGGAGAGGUAGGGCUUAAGCUUUCUGUGGACAAGUGCCAGAUCUGUUUGCCAAGGGUGAAGUACUUGGGGCACAUAGUCUCGGCCGAAGGGGUUGCUCCCGAUCCAGACAAGAUCGAGGCCGUUACCACCUGGCCAAUGCCCACAAACCUGAAGACAUUACAAUCUUUCCUUGGAUUUUGCGGUUAUUACCGCCGAUUUGUUCAAAACUAUGCUGCCAUUGUUAGACCACUGACUGAGCUCACAAAGGGCUACGCUCCCACCCAGAAAAGCAAAAAAGAUUCCCAGAAAGUGAAAAAAGUCUACCUCAAAGAGUCAGCGCCCUUUGGCGAGAGGUGGGACAACUCCUGCACUGAGGCAUUCCACAAGAUUAUCCACUGUUUGACCCAUGCCCCUGUUCUGGCUUUUGCCAACCCUCAAAAGCCAUACAUUUUGCAUGUUGACGCGAGCCUGAGGGGUCUUGGUGCUGUCCUUUACCAGGAGCACCCCGAAGGUUUAAGGCCAGUUGCCUUUGCAAGCCGAAAAUUGAGCUCAUCAGAAAGAAAUUAUCCUGUACAUCAGUUAGAAUUCUUGUCUCUUAAAUGGGCGGUGGUUCACAAGUUCCAUGAUUACUUAUAUGGUGCAAGAUUUACUGUACGUACUGAUAAUAACCCGCUCACGUACGUGCUAUCUACGGCUAAGCUCAAUGCUGUAGGCCACCGGUGGCUGGCUGCUUUAUCAACUUAUGAGUUUGACAUCCAAUAUCGUCCUGGUCGACUGAACAUCGAUUCUGACCUGCUGUCAAGGAUGGAUGACGAGGGAUACGUGACCAUUCCAGAAUCGGGAGUGAAGACCACGUGCCAGCGCGUCUGUCGCCCAGAGUCUGCUUAUCUCUCUUCAGCUUAUGUUGUGCAACUAGGGGCGACCUCUCACUGUGUUCCGGACCUCUACGCCUUUCCAUCUAGCAUGGAGCUUAAGUCUCUGGAGUUAAUGUCAAGGCAGGAUCUGAAGAAAGCUCAGGAGGAGGAUGAGGUCAUCGGCCCAGCCAUUCAGGCCAUAAAACAUGGGCAUUGGCCGGAAAAUGAGAACAUCAUUCCUGAACUGUCACGACUGAAACAAGAGGCUGGAAAGCUCGGCAUGAAAGAUGGGCUGCUUUACCGUUUCAGUAAAAGGCCAGGUGGGGAAGAGUUGAGCCAGCUCGUCCUGCCAAGGGUGUUCAGAGAUAUCGUCAUACGGGCCAUGCAUGAUGACCUAGGCCACCUGGGUCAAGAAAGGAUCAUUGAACUGAUGAGACUAAGAUUCUUUUGGCAUAAGAUGGCGGCUGACGUGGAAGAACACAUCAGGACAUGUGGGGAGUGCAUUGCCCAGAAGACCCCAAUAAAGAGAGCUUCUCCAUUACACCAGAUUGUGAGUCAAGGGCCUAUGGACCUGGUGUGUAUGGACUUUUUGUCCUUGGAACCCGACUCUAAAGGUGUCAGCAACGUCUUGGUGGUCACCGACCAUUUUACAAGGUACGCUCAAGCUUUUCCAACAACAAGCCAGAAGGCUCAUGUUGUAGCAAAGGUCUUAAUGGAGAAAUACUUUGUACAUUAUGGUCUACCAUCUAGGAUCCAUUCUGAUCAAGGAAGGGAUUUCGAAAGCCGUCUUAUCCGAGAGCUGCUCACCUUGAUGGGUAUACGGAAGUCGCGAACAACUCCGUAUCAUCCGCAAGGAGACCCACAGCCGGAAAGAUUUAAUCGAACCUUGAUCUCCAUGCUGAGUACACUGGGCCGCGAGAAAAAGCGCACCUGGAGCCAACAUGUAGCUCACUUGGUCCAUGCGUACAAUAGCACCAAGUCGGACGCCACGGGAUACUCACCUUAUCGCCUCAUGUUUGGGAGAGAAGCAAGGCUUCCUGCUGACUUGUGCUUUGGCACAUCCCCCGAUGGUGUUGAAGAUUUGAGUCAUACUCGAUACGUAACAAAGCUGAAAGAAGACUUAAAGCAGGCUUACAAGUUGGCAUCUGAGGCUGCCAAUAAAAGACAUCAGAGAAACAAAAGGCUGUAUGACCAGCGUGUCACCUUUCAGUCCUUGCAGAUAGGUGACAGAGUUCUGCUACGGAACUUGGGUCUGAGAGGCAAACACAAGCUGGAGAGUAAGUGGUGCCAUGACCCAUACAUCAUAGUGGACAAGAUGCCCAACUUACCGGUGUUCAAGAUUAAGCGGGAGGAUGGAAGUCCUGGAACGAAGACCAUGCAUAGGGACCACCUUCUCCCUGUGGGACAGCUGGUGAGGAUGCCAUCUACGAAGCAGAUGGAAGAACUCCCUGCCAGACGUACAACCAGGGCUGCCACUCGGCAGAACCAAAACAGAGAUCCCAGUCCAAGCAGGGAAGAGUUACAGGAGUUCUCUGACUCAUCCUCUGAAUGGGGAUAUUGUGCCUCUCCGCAUGACACUUCCCCCAGGAGAGAAUUCAUACCCAGAGUGACAAAUCCUGACAGGCCGCCCGCAAACUUGGAUGAUGAUGAUCACUUACCGUUGGCCAGUGAGGAAGGGGGCCACAGUUCCUCCCAUGACAAUGAACCUGAAAUGGAACCCGUUGACUGUCCUGAGGUUGAAAAGGAUGGGGGCGAGGAACCGGAUGCUGAAUGUCAUAGUGAGAAUGGCCAAGACUCCGUACAAGAUGGCACCAGCUCCGACUCUGACCAGGAUGAUGAGCUUGGAGAAGCUAUACCAAAUAAUACUGAGCCCAGACCAAAGAGAACUAUAAAGCCAACCAUUAGGCUCACUUAUGAUAAGUUAGGGAGAUCCAAAGAUCAGCCUCUGACCAUUCUCCAUAGAGGCAUAGUGAUCAAAAUUGAAAAAUACUAAGAGCGAACUUAGCUUGUUACUGCACCCAUGCAACUCCGUAGUUUAAUAGGUCUGAUGAGGACACUCAGACAUUCAAAAGGGGGAGGGUGUAACCCGGUUGGGAUUUGUAAUUAAGUAUUUAAAAAUAUCUGUGAAUGCAUUUCAUAAGGUUAUAAAUAGCUUAAAAGGUAUUUUAGUUCAUGGCAAUAAAUACUGAUAAGUAGAAGAAAGUUAAAAUUCAUUGGCCAGCAAUGACGUCAUUAUGGCUAUGUUUCUGUAAGAAACAUAGAUAUGGGUAAUAGGCAUGUUAAUUCAAUAUGUCAUGUUAUUUUUCUUAUAUUUCCUAUGUAUGGACACUUGUUAAAAUGCUUAAGUUUUGCAUAGAAGUAUGUGAAAUGAUGUCUGUAUUUGUUUUCAAUUUAUUUCUUUUCUGUAUAAUCUGUGAUUAGCCAAUCACGAGACGGGUCAAAGGGGAGGAAGUGAUACGUGAGA